CGACCAGCAACUUCCCUCUCAUCUGUUGAUAGAUAGCGCUGACUACAUGGUCCUGUAAACGCGGAGGAAAUAUCUCCACGCGGGCUCCACUUUUUCUUGAAUGCGUUAAAGUUCGGAAUCUGCAUUUGAAUCCGCGUGACUUCCCCGCUGUUAAAAGAAAAGCCACCCCCUCAGCUCUUGAAAGUAUCCGCUCUGGCUGUUCAAAGAUAAAAUACUUCACAAGGAUACAAAACAAUCAAUCUACGAACACACCAUGUGGUCGCUGAAUAUCCUCGCGUUCAUGAAGCUCCUCCUUUUUUCUCUCGCCGCAACGCUUCCCCCAUCGACCGGGUUCGACGCUAUUGGUAGAGCAUCCCAAUUCCCAAUUACUCCAAUCGAGAAAGCAGAGCCCCCCAAUCUUCAAGAAGUAGCCACAGGACGCUCACAUACUGCCAGCCUCGGCAACGAGGAUGAUCCUAUCAACAAGCCGGAAUAUACCUUCCCGAGCUGGGACACCACCCACCUCCUCGCGCGUCGUCUUCUUGCCCUAUCAACUACUGGCGUCCUAUCAACCGUUUACCCCCCUAGCUCGUCCGUGCACAGGACUUCGCUAUCGGGAGUCCCCAUAGGCCUCCCGGAUUACAUCGCGGAUUGCGCAAACGAGCCAUCGAGCGAACUGGAAGCCCUCCUCGGGCCGGGAAACCCGCUGAUCCUCGCACUGAAUAUCGGCACCACAUUCCGCAACACGAAGGCUGGCUCCAAUAUCUCACUGUCUGUUGACUGGUGGCAUCGGCAGGCUGAUGGGAGAACUGGUGUCUUUGGUGUUGGGCGCGAUGGUGUUGUGGGCGGGGCUGAGUUGCCUCGCUUGUCCCUCCUGGGCUCCCUUGUUCCAUUGGAGCAUUUGUCGGAUGCCACCCGCAUCGCGGUUGAGAGGUGCUUUCUGGAUGCUCACCCCGAUGCUAAGUUCUGGCUGCCAGAUCACGACAAUGCUGUGCACAGCGGUUAUUGGGCGAAGUUGGUUGUGGAAGAGGCAUUCUGGGUUGGGGGCUUUGGAGACCGCGCGCGGAUUGGGUGGUUGGAUCCUGAAACUUGGAAGUUGGUGAGGCGGGAUGGAAACAGUGGGAAUAGAGGGUGGGCUGAUGUUAGAUUGCCUGGGGAGUAACAGGGGGACUUUACUUAGACAUAGUCCACUGCCGGAUGUGCCCAUCUUGGUAACGGAAUCGGUGGAGUUAGCUUCUUGGCAAGGGUGGUGAGGUGGCGAUAAAACCUUUGAUACGCUUUUGAUACAUAUAUUUAUUGAGAGGUUAUGAAUAUUCGGCCUCUGGAGCCAGACUUACUGAUCGUAGUACUCUGCCGGUAAGAGGGCAUAAACGCUUGAGCAUUGCUGAUCUUUUUGACGAAAUGAGAUAGGGGAACCACAAUCUGUAUUGAAUGAAUAUCCACAAUGAUGCGUUAGAUAAAGGCAGAAUAGCCGUUGAGAGAUAAUCAGGCUGAAACC